GCUACGUCAUACGGCCGCGCCGCGUCCGCCUUUCCAGAAUUUCCAAUGACACUUUGCACACAUUUCUUGUAGUUUUUCGUUCGAUACGCCGGGUUGUCAGACUCGGAGGUGACCGCCAUGCACGGAGCCCUGCGCGCGGCUCUGCGGGACUGGUCCACCGCCGCCGGCUCGACGACCAUUCGCCAGUGUUUAAAAAGCAGAGUGCCCCUGCAGCGCAGCUCACGUGUUUACAGCGUCGUCCCGACCCCGCGCGACAGCGAGGAGAAGGACAUGUUGGACCGCAUUCUGCGCGUGGACCACGCCGGGGAGUACGGGGCCAAUCGCAUCUACGCCGGCCAGAUGGCAGUGUUGGGACGAUCUAGUAUCGGGCCUCUGAUCCAGGAAAUGUGGGAUCAAGAAAAGAAACACUUAAAGAAAUUCAAUGAGAUUCUGGCUGAAAACCGAGUUCGUCCCACUGCCCUUUUACCCCUUUGGAAUAUUGCUGGAUUUGUAUUAGGUGCGUCCAGUGCACUACUGGGCAAAGAGGGGGCCAUGGCCUGCACUGUGGCGGUGGAGGAGAGUAUUUCGGAGCACUACAACAGCCAGAUAAGAGCUCUGAUGGAGAAGGACCCUGAGAGAUACACUGAACUGUUACAAGUUAUAAAGGAAUUCCGGGACGAUGAGAUGGAGCAUCAUGAUACAGGAUUGGAGCACGAUGCUGAAAAAGUUCCUGGAUACUGGCUUCUAAAAAAUGCCAUACAGCUUGGCUGCAAAGUGGCAAUAUCUGUUUCUCAGCGUGUCUAACAUAAUAUUUUAAACAUCUGUUUUUUUUGUCCAACAUUUGUUUGAUUUGUUUGGCUCAGUUUGUUUAAAAUAAUCUAAAUGUCAAUUUGAAUCCAGCUACAUUGUAAAUUAAACACUUAUCAAGUAUUGUAUAAAAACAUUCAUAAGAAAAGAUUGUACUGCCCUGUACAGUGUAUAAUACACACAGUUUAAGUCAGAGGGGUUAAUGCUGCUUAAUGUAUGUCCUCUGUCACUUUUUGUCACAAUGCUUCCGUUGAGGUGCAGUUUGCCUGAUCAGUAAUGUUGGUGAUAAAAAUAAAAAACACUUUUGCACUUGUGAUUCAACUAA